AUGUCUUUCACGCCGCCUUCUGAUCCUAGGAAACCUAAAAACGUCAAAGUGUCACAGUUAUGCGAACUUUGCCACGCUAGAAAAGCUCUAAUCAAGAGACCGAAAAACCUGCAGAAAGUUUGCAAGCUAUGCUUCUUCCAUGUUUUUGAAACCGAGAUCCACAACACGAUCGUGUGUAACAAACUGUUUGAAAACGGCGAAAAAGUCGCUGUAGGUGCUUCUGGUGGGAAGGACUCGACAGUGUUGGCAUAUUUAUUGAAGCUGCUCAAUGAGAGACACGGUUACGGUAUUGAAAUUGUGCUGCUGAGUAUAGAUGAAGGAAUCGUGGGCUAUCGAGACGACUCCUUGGCGACGGUGAAACGAAACAAGGAGCAGUACAAUCUGCCAUUGGCGAUCGUUUCUUAUCGCGAGCUGUACGACUGGACUAUGGAUGAAAUCGUCGCGUGUGCUGGUGUUCGAAACAGUUGCACGUACUGCGGUGUUUUCCGCCGUCAAGCGUUGGAUCGAGGAGCCGCUAAGCUGGGCAUCAAGCACGUUGUGACGGGUCACAACGCCGACGACAUGGCAGAAACAGUGUUGAUGAACAUCUUGCGGGGCGAUGUAGCGCGUCUGGAAAAGUCGACUGCCAUCAUGACACAAAGCAGUGGGUCGCCUAUCAAGCGAUCUAAGCCCUUCAAAUACGCCUACCAAAAGGAAAUUGUGCUUUACGCGCACUACAAAAAACUAGACUAUUUCUCCACGGAGUGCACUUACGCGCCAGAAGCGUUUCGCGGCACUGCCCGUGAGCUCAUGAAGAACCUCGAAGCUCUGCGACCCAGCUGUAUCAUAGACAUUAUCUACAGCGGUGAGAGCCUGCGAUUGCGACCCAAAAAGGCCAAGCGAGCGCCGCCCGUCAACCACAUAGAAAUCCGCAGCGAUGGCUCCGUCUCGCUGCCACCUCAGGGUUUUGUCGACGGCAAUCGAUGCGAGAGGUGCGGUUAUCUUUCUAGUAACACGAUAUGCAAGGCUUGCAUGUUGCUGGAAGGUCUUCAGCAAAACCGGGCCAAGAUGUCCAUCGAUCAUGACACAUCUGUGAAUGGAGCUGCUCGAUUAACCAGAACACUAGAGAAGUUGACGUUCUGA